UUCUUUUUGGGCGUCAAAAUAUAAUAAUAACAAAAAGAAUUCUUAGGGUUUUCGUUCUACUUCGUUUCUGCAGUCGUGGUGAGUGGUACUCCCUCUCGCUCGUCCAUCUGCUCGCCUGACGUUCGUCGUCGGCCGUGCUGUCGUCCUCCGUCCUCCGUCGCGCCGUUCCCUUCGCCUUUUGUGGCAUCUCUUUUUUUCUCUUUUUCUGAUAACAGCCUCUUCCUCCCAUGGCUUUGUCGAUAAUUGAGUUUGAAGGCUGAGUUAUUGUUUGGGGAUUUCUGAAUAGUUCAUUGAUUUAUUGAAAGUUCCAUUUAAGGCAACAAGGUCAGAGUUGGGCCCAACUAGGAUUUUCCAUGGCGCAUCGGUUGCUAAGGGAUCUGGAAGCUGAUGGGUGGGAGCGCUCUGAUUUUCCCAUCAUCUGCGAGUCUUGCCUUGGCGAUAACCCCUACGUUCGCAUGACGAAAGCUGAUUAUGAUAAAGAAUGCAAAAUUUGCACACGCCCAUUUACAGUGUUCAGGUGGAGGCCUGGACGUGAUGCUAGAUAUAAGAAAACAGAGAUUUGUCAGACUUGUAGUAAGUUAAAAAAUGUAUGUCAAGUUUGCCUUUUGGAUCUUGAAUAUGGCUUACCAGUUCAAGUUCGAGACACUGCACUCUCUAUCAACUCCAAUGAUGCUAUUCCCAAGAGCGAUGUGAAUAGGGAAUAUUUUGCCGAGGAGCAUGAUCGAAAGGCUAGAGCUGGUAUUGAUUAUGAGUCCUCAUAUGGAAAGGCACGACCAAACGACACUAUUUUGAAGCUUCAACGAACCACACCAUACUACAAGAGGAAUCGGGCACAUGUUUGUAGUUUUUAUAUUAGGGGUGAAUGCACUAGAGGUUCUGAAUGCCCUUAUCGACAUGAGAUGCCUGAAACUGGAGAGUUGUCCCAACAAAAUAUCAAGGAUCGUUAUUAUGGGGUUAACGAUCCUGUUGCACUGAAGCUUCUUAACAAGGCUGGAGAGAUGCCUUCCCUCGAACCUCCAGAAGAUGAGAGUAUUAGAACCUUGUAUGUGGGCGGACUUGAUGCUCGAGUCAGUGAGCAAGAUCUUCGAGAUAACUUUUACGCUCAUGGAGAAAUUGAAUCUAUCAGAAUGGUGCUACAACGUGCAUGUGCUUUUGUAACCUACACCACCAGAGAAGGUGCAGAAAAGGCUGCAGAAGAGCUUUCUAACAAGCUGGUAAUUAGGGGCCUUAGGUUGAAAUUGAUGUGGGGCAGACCUCAAGCACCAAAAGCCGAGAUGGAAGGUUCUGAUGAAGCAAAACAAGCUGCAGUGGCUCACAGCGGAAUGUUGCCGCGAGCAGUUAUCUCACAGCAGCACAACCAAUUACACCCUCCGGGAACCCAUGAUCAACCUCAAGCUAUGCACUACUUCAAUAUUCCACCGCCACCACCUCAACAGGAGAGAGCAUUCUACCCAUCAAUGGACCCCCAAAGAAUGGGAGCUCUGGUUUCGACUCAUGAUGCGGGGGUACCCCCUAAUGGACCUACUGGUUCAACUGAAACUAGACCCGGUCCUGAGAAACAACACCAACACCAACACCAACACCAACAGGGACAUCAAUUUCCCUAUCACCCUAUGCACCCACCACCACCUGCACAAUAUCAACAGCAAUUUUAUCCGCCGCCAUAUGGUUACGUACAACAUUAUCCACCAUACCCUCCUUAUCAUUCGGGCAUGCCACCACCGCCGCAGUCCCAACCCCAGCCCCAGCCCCAGCCCCAGCCCCAUCCCCCUUCAGGUUCCCAGCAAUAUCAGCAGCAGCAUUCUGCACCAUCAGGCUCAGCCCCUCAGUCCCAUGGAGGAGCAUCUUCCGGUUCAGCAUCGGUGGGAUCAACACCUUCAGCAGCUGCUCCAUCUUCAACAUCUGCUGAACCUGCAUCAUCGUAGAUCUCUGAGGCACAAGGCUGUUGGCGAACUUCCAAACUGGACGCUUCACUUGGACGGGGAGGCACAGAACGCCCGGGAGGGGAAGGUGUUACGCAUCCCCUGUUCAUAUCUUGACUUUGUUGUCAUGACUUUUGAUAUGUAAUAUUAUAGGCUUUUACUGGAAAUGGGAUAUGAGCAAUUUGGAUUUGUCACUUUCAUUCCCUCAGUUUCUUCCUUCCUUAUUUUAGUUUAAAUCCAAAAUGAAAUGGAAGUUAAAUUCCUUUGUUACAAA